UUCUCCCGUGCGGGUGGGUCUAAGGGUCGGCAGAAAGAUUGAGGAACUAAAGCACAACCCCGGCCGGGGGUCCCUGUUCGACGAGGUGGAGGGGUACGGGGGCGGCGGUGGAUCGAUCGAUCUCGAUCAUCAUCAUCACCACCAUCACCAUCAUCAUCACCAUCACACGGAUUCGUACUCGGCCAUGGACGAAGAUCCCGACGACAAGGAUGAUACGAAGCGAAAAUCUCGUAAUCUCAGCGAAAAGAAACGACGCGAUCAGUUCAAUCUGCUGGUUAACGAGCUUAGCUCGAUGGUGUCGUCGAACAGCAGAAAGAUGGACAAGUCCACCGUUCUUAAGUCGACGAUUGCGUUCCUCAAGAGCCACAACGAGAUCGCGGUCCGUUCGCGGGUGCACGAGAUACAGACGGACUGGAAACCAUCGUUUCUUUCGAAUGAGGAGUUUACCCACCUGAUCCUGGAAGCGCUGGAUGGGUUCAUCAUCGUGUUCUCCUCUACGGGGAGAGUAUUUUACGCAUCUGAAAGUAUUACCUCGCUGUUAGGGCAUUUACCGAGUGACCUCCUGAAUAUGACCGUGUACGAUAUGGUGUAUGAGGACGAUCAGAACGAUCUGUACAAUAUACUGCUAAAUCCGACCACUGUAGUAGACCCACUGCAGACAGGCAUUAGCCGGGAGAAUCAGGUGACGUUUUCCUGCUACAUCAAGCGAGGGACGGUGGAUUACCGGGCGGAUGUGUCGUACGAGCAUGUACAGUUUACUGGGUACUUCCGAAGUGACGUUGACACGGAAUCGCUCAUGACGACGUCUCGGUUUAGUGGCUACACUAGCGAUGCCGACUCUCGGCUCGUAUUUGUCGGCACGGGACGGCUUCAGACACCGCAGCUGAUUCGUGAAAUGUCCAUCGUAGACAACACGAAAAGUGAGUUCACCUCCCGCCACAGUCUCGAGUGGAAGUUCCUGUUUCUCGAUCACCGUGCGCCACCCAUCAUCGGUUACCUCCCGUUUGAAGUGCUGGGAACUUCCGGGUAUGACUAUUAUCAUUUUGACGAUCUGGAAAAGGUGGUGGCUUGUCAUGAAGCAUUGAUGCAGAAGGGUGAAGGUACGUCGUGCUACUAUCGGUUUCUUACCAAGGGUCAGCAGUGGAUCUGGUUGCAGACACGUUUCUACAUCACCUACCAUCAGUGGAACUCGAAGCCAGAGUUUGUGGUGUGUACGCAUCGGGUCGUGAGCUACGCGGAUGUGAUGAAGCAGAUGCGUAAUCAGACGGCAGGUGAUAGCAAGUUUUCGGAGGAUGCGGACAGCAUAAGUGUGCACGGCGUGGAGCGAAAGUUCCAACAGUCAUCCUCGCAGAGUUUGCUGGCUACUUCGCCGUGGAGUUCAAAGAGUUCCCGAACGUCCCGGGUAGCUCCAACGCCCGGUGUUUCACCAACGGGACUCUCGAAUCGGGGUAGACAUCGGUACAACACGUACCAUGGUCCGGGGUCAGAUUCGGCCACAUCCAUUUCUACGGAAUCUCACACCAGUCGCCAGUCGCUGGUAACGCAACAUUCGCGUUCUCGUAUGCGAACCAGCACGUUCCCAUCGAAGGUAUCAUCACACGGUAGUCAACCGGAUAGGAACUCUAUGUCACACUUUCUACUACAGCAACCUCAGCAUUCGCAGGCAAACGUUGGACAUCAUCUACAGCCAUCGCAACUUCAACAACAACAGCAACAUCAUCUUCAGCAGCAACAGCAUCCACUCCAGCAUCAGCAACAACUUCAUCAACAGUCACAUCCACUGCUACAACAGCAUCAGCAACAGAUACAGGGACAUCAAGCUCAGCAGCAGCAUCAACAGCUACAACAGCAGCAGCAACAGCAACAACAACAACCACAACAUCCAGCGAUGGUCCAAAACCCACCGGUAGUUGACGUUUACCCUCAUCAACUUCAAUCCCAGCAUCCUCAUCAACAGACGCCCCAACAGCAAGUUCAUCAACAACAGCAACAACAGGUAGCUUCCCUUCAACAACAGCAGUCAGCAGUGCAGCAGCAACAGCAGCAACAUCAGCAACUGCAGCAACAGCAACAGCAGCAGCAACAGCAGUCCAUUCCACAGCCAUCAACUACAUCAGCGAUACGACCUCCGGCCACAAUCAUUACUCCACCGGUAACGCAAAUCAUCACUGCAACCGGCUUCAUCGAACCGCAACAGUAUUUGACGGCCAUACCGGUACAACCGGUGGCCGGCUUUACGGAAACCGCACCCGGUGUCCUUUCACCCAUUCAGUCCACCUCCCCACACGGACCGUACGCUGUCGCUCAUCAUCCGGCCGUUACUGGGACGGGCGGUGUCGUCCUUACGCCAAGUCAAAAUCAGGUGCAAGAUCAGCUUCAACGAAAGCAUGAAGAGCUACAGCAUCUGAUACUACAGCAACAGGAAGAAUUACGCCGCGUACAGGAGCAGCUACUGAUGGCCCGCUAUGGAUUGCUACCAUCGAUCGUUUCUCUUCCAUUCCCGCCUGGAACGGGCAAUGGAUCAGGACCCGGACCAAGUGUAGGACCGGCGGAGCGUUGUAAUAGUGGCGGUUCGUUUCUACAGGCACAUCACCAGGCAGCGCACGGGAACUCGUUUCAUCAUCACCAUUACCAUCCAGCUUCAGCACAGCAUCCUCCUAGUCAUUCGGGAGCGAUACAUGCACAACAGUCCCAGCAUCACGGUCAGCAACCACAGCAGCUCUCCCAAGAUCAACAGCAGCAGCAACAGCAAAUGUGCAUAGCUCCACCAGAUCAGAAACCAAUUUUACAUUCCGAUCCGGAACAGCUCAACUUCACUGACACCGGACAGGGGAAGUUGACCGAACCGAAUGAGAUGAUAUCGUACAUGCAGCUCACACCGGUACCACUGCAUCACCUACAGCAACACCAAUCAAGUCAAUCCUCCACAUCCACACCCGCCUCAUCCGUCCUAAAUCAGCAGCAACAGCAACAGCAAAAACACCACCAUCAACAACAACAACAGCUUAUGCAGAUGGGUGCCCCACCGGACGGUGGUACCGGUACGAGUGGGAACAGCAACACUAGUAACACGAGCAACAACAUGGGCUUGCUGCAGUAUCAGAUGGCGCAGGAACAGGCGCAAAUUCUAUUUACCUCUGGAAUGGAACAGCAGCAAGGCCAGCAGCAGCAACAACCACCGGCUACUCAACAGCAGCACCAGGGAGCAGGCAGUUCCGAUGCCGGAUCACGAACCUGUCCAUCGCAGACGAGUGAAAUGUAAGG